AUGUCGACGUCGCAGUUCGACCGGCGGGCCUCGACGUCGCCGUCUCCAGCGACCUUCAAGUUCCCAGAUCUGUCAGACGAGACGCUGCAGACGACACAGGAGCCCAUCGAAUCCAACCCAGCGUCGCCCAUGCCGCAACCACUCGGACUGCCAAACCACCUGCACAGCCAUGAACGUUGGCAGGCACGUAGAGGUUCGCACGGCAUGAAUGGUUGGACGCCCAGCGGCGGAACAGUAGGCAGGCACGGGAGACAAAAGAGCUUGAGCGAGGCGAUCCGCACGGUACGAGGGAGGAGGGCCAGCGUCAGCCAGAACGCGCACGAGAUAGCCGAUGCUCUCAAGGCCCCCGUGUCAGCGCGCCUCAUUUUCCUCUGUGCCAUUUGGUACACGACCUCCAUCAUGUCCAAUACCUCGUCCAAGGCCAUCCUGACUGCCUUGCCCAAGCCCGUGACCUUGACUCUGAUCCAAUUCAUGUUUGUAUGCUCGUGGUGUCUGUUGCUAUCCUGGCUUGCCCGCAUCCACGCUCCUCUCCGAAACGCAGUCCCUGUACUACGCAAUGGCAUUCGCAAGCCUUCGCGCGAGCUCAUCAUGACCACCCUUCCCUUGACCGCUUUCCAAAUCGGCGGCCAUAUCCUCAGCUCCGACGCCAUGAGUCGCAUCCCCGUCUCGCUGGUCCACACUAUCAAGGGCUUGUCACCUCUACUCACAGUCCUCGCCUACCGCUUCAUCUUCGAUGUUCGAUACUCCUACGCUACCUACAUGUCGCUUGUACCCCUUACGCUAGGUGUCAUCAUGGCCUGCUCCGCUAGCUUCAAAGCAAACUUCCUGGGUCUCGUGUAUGCAUUCGGCAGUGCACUUCUAUUCGUCACUCAAAAUAUCGUAUCCAAGAAGCUGUUCAACGAAGCCGCCAAAGCCGAGGCCGAUGGUAUCAACGUACGCAAUAAGAAGCCUGACAAGCUCAACCUGUUGUGCUACUCUUCUGGUCUUGCAUUCAUUUUUACACUGCCCAUCUGGUUCUGGUCAGAGGGCUUCUCAAUGAUCGCCGACUUCCUGGCCGACGCCUCCAUCGAGUUAUCCGAACGUCCUGGCUCCCUCGACCACGCCCGUCUCGGCCUUGAAUUCGUCUUCAACGGUUCUUUCCACUUUGGCCAAAAUCUCGUUGCUUUUGUCUUGCUGGGUCUCGUCUCUCCCGUCACUUACAGUGUAGCCAGCUUGUUCAAGCGCGUCUUCGUCAUCGUCUUUGCUAUCAUCUGGUUCGGCAACCCAAUGACCAAGAUCCAAGGCUUCGGCAUUGGUCUCACGAUCCUCGGUCUUUACCUCUACGACCGCACCAGUGAUGCUGCUAAAGCAGACAAGCGUGCUCGCGCUCUGCAAGAAGGCAAAGACACCCUCCUUCCUCUCGUUGGUGGCGACAACAAAAAGUCAGACACAACGCCUUACUCGCAGUCACCUGUCAAUUAUGCGCUUCCUUCGCACGGAGGAUAUGGUGUCCCGAAUGGAGCUGAGCACAGUAUGCGCGCUAGAUCAUCGAGCAAUGCUUCGCCUGGCGCGUGGUUGCCUCCGGGCACGAAAGCCGAAGAGACAUGGAACGCAGAAGACCGCUUCGGUGCGAAACAGAGUAUAGGUGUCAGAUAG